GCAAAACGAGUUCAAAUCGAAUGCACAUGCUCAGACUGCGGGGUCAUACAUUGCAAUAUGCUACGAACAAAGUGAAUGUCUUUGCUAGCUACGGAUGAUAAACUCGAAUUGAUCUACAUAUAGAAGUGAUAUUAUCCAGUAUUAUUGGACUUACGUCUUCGUGUUAAGUGUAUGUUCGGUUCCUGAUUAUGUCAACAGCCGACGAUUCACGUUACCAGAACGAUCACGAUGACAGAGUUGGAGGACAAACGUUCCGCAACCGCAAAGGCAGGGGUCCUUUUAGGGCCCAUAUGUAUAGUGACCAGGGGCCAGGAGCACCAGGGACAAGAACAAGAUAUCGUGGUGGCCAAAAAGGCAGUGGCGGCCAGGGACCCAGAGCGAGAUUUGACGAUGAGGAUGGAGAUGUGGCAAUGACAGACAGCAACUCCCAAGAUGGGUCCUCCCAACACAGAUUUAACCCUUACGGAAGGCCGAAUCGCCGUGGUGAUGACCGCUUUGAUCGUGGCCGCAGAGGUGGAGGAGGUCACAGGGGUCGUGGUAAUAACAGAGGGGAUGGAGGUGGAGAUGGCCGCAAUACCUGGUUCAAGAUAUUUGUCCCCUAUGGAAAGAAAUAUGACAAAGACUGGCUCAUAACAGCUCUGCAGAGUAUCUGCUCUAUACCCUUCACCCCAGUACAUUACCAAGUAGAGGGCAACCGAGCACAGUUCUAUAUUGACGAUUCCAUCACUGCGAAUGCCUUGUUAAAGGUAUCUCGGAAGAUCACAGACAAAGAAGGCUACAAGGUGACUGUACUGAUGAAUCCCUGUCCUCCACCCUCCUUUCUUCAGUCUGAACUAAAGCCAGCUGAUCUGGAGCACCUAAAGCAAUGCAUGGCUAAACGCUUUGAUGGCUCUCAACAAGCCCUGGACUUGAACAACAUCCGGAUAGACCCAGACCUGGUUUCCCAGAACAUUGAUGUGACAUUGAACAGAAAGAACUCUAUGCACGCUGUUAUUAAGAUAAUUGAGGAGAACAUUCCAGAGCUUGUUUGUCUGAACAUCAGCAACAACAAGCUGUUUAGGCUGGAUGACCUGUCAGAGCUGGUCAACAAGGCUCCAAACUUGAAGACACUCAAUCUUUCUCAUAAUGAGUUAAAGACAGAGCGUGAGCUGGAUAGGAUCAAGGGUCUUAAGCUGGUGGAGCUAUGGCUGGAGAGGAAUCCCCUUUGCGACUAUUUCAAGGACCAUGCUUCUUACAUAAGCACGGUGAGAGAGAGGUUCCCCAGGCUUCUCAAACUGGAUGGUCAGGAUCUCCCCCCUCCUAUAGUCUUUGAUGUGGAGGUGACUCCUGCUGCCCUUCCACCCUGCAAGGCCAGCUACUUCUGCUCAGAAGAGAUCAAGACUCCCAUCCUCGCCUUCCUACAACAAUACUACAGUGUGUAUGACUCCGGGGACAGACAACCUUUGUUAGAUGCCUACCAUGAUGGAGCGACCUUCUCCUUGAGCAUGUUCAUUACCAUGCAGAACCCAUCCAGGUGCAGUCUCGGAGAUUACCAUAAAGACACUCGGAACCUGAAAAAGCUCAAAGAUCCCUCCACACGAUUCCGCUUACUGAAGCACACCCGUCUGAAUGUGGUGGCUUUCCUGAACGAACUGCCCAAAACGCACCAUGACACCGCAUCGCUAAAUGUGGACGUCAACACCUUCACCAACACGUUACUGUCGUUCACAGUCACUGGAGUGUUCAAAGAAGUUGAAGGUAAAUCCCGAGACUCUGUCAGAGCUUUUUCUCGGGUGUUCAUCACAGUGCCGGCUGGAGGGACAAGUCUUUGCAUAGUAAACGACGAGCUUUUUGUUCGUAAUGCUACAACUGAGGAGAUCCGGCGGGCCUUUGUUGCACCCGCCCCCACACCAUCCAGCAGCCCUGUCCCCACCCUCUCAGCUCCCCAGCAAGAGAUGCUUUCUGCCUUCUCCCUAAAGUCCGGCAUGAACCUGGAAUGGUCCCAGAAAUGCCUGCAGGACAAUGAGUGGGAUUUCAACCGAGCAGGGCAGGUCUUCACAGACCUUAAGGCUCAUGGAAAGAUCCCAGAUGUCGCUUUCAUAAAGUGAAUAGGAAUGAUUGUGGAGCUUUUUAAAUGGUCACUUAUUCCCUUUUGAUUCUUAUUCCCCUCCUGGAUUACUAGAUAACAAGCAUUUCAUUGUCAUAAUUAAAAGUGAACAUAUUCUUGUC